CGAAAAUUCCCCACUAUCAAGCUAUGUCAUAAACUCUCAGGUAUAUAUUCACAAUGAAAAUCAUCAAUUCGCUAGUCUUUAAUUAUAUAUCAGGAACAAUGAAGUGUGUAAUAUUCGUAGUAGUGCUGUCUGUGAGCUUUGUAUUGGCCGCUGAAAAACAUCCAACUGUUUUUGAUGAUACUAACGUUGAUGAAAUUUUGAAAAAUGACCGGCUGGUCAGGCAGUAUAUUGACUGUGUAGAAGACAAAAAGCCUUGUACUAAGCAAGGGCAAGAACUCAAGGCUCGUGUUAAGGAAGCACUAGAAAAUGGCUGUGGCUCAUGUACAGACAAGCAGAAGGCGGGUGCAAAGAAAGUAAUCAGAUAUUUGAUGAAGAACAAACCUGACUGGUGGAAAGAACUUAAUGAUCGCUUCGACCCCGAUGGUAAAUACAAAGCUAAAUUUGAUGCGUUCCUCAAAGAAGCCGAAGCGGUAGCUUGAGUCUGCUGUUUAAGUGCCCAACUUUUGUUAUUCAUUGCUUUGAAAUGUCACUAGAAAUUAUAAAUCAAUUCGUUACCAAUUGUGCUGUCUUUGAAGCAGUUUCCUUCAAACCCUUUCCUAAUUUAUAAUAAAGACAUAUUUUUGUUAUGAUACUUUUUCUGCAACUAUACCCAAAGGUUUUCAAAAUAUGCUCAAAUAAUUGACAUGCUGUUUCUUGGAUUUAAAUUUUCUACAAUGUUUUUUUUUGUUUUUUGAUUUACGACGGGCAUUU